UCUUUGUUUUUCCGUUCCGCCGGCUGAUUUCUCCAUGAUAUUGUCUUGGCCCAGCCCAUUCGAGGAUUUUUGGAUAAAAACUCAAUUGUAGCCCAGAUUUGUCUGAGACAAGUGACGAUCAUCAGCCCUCAGUCCUCACCGACGAUAACGCCGCUUUCCCCACCCCCGCUCGUUCUCGCCCUUCCCCCGUCUCAGCCUCCCCUAACAAUCCACCCACACACACAAACAAGCUUCCAACAACACCUCACCAGCCACCAGACGCACACCCUUACCUUCCUCAAAGACCACAUCAUUCCAACAAUGGGCUUCAUCGGCGCAACGGCAGCAGGCCUCAUGGCCGGCCUCCACGGCUACAUCCUCGUCUUGGAAAUGUUCCUCUGGACCUCGCCCCGCGGCCGCAAGGCCUUCAGGCUCACCGCCGACUUUGCCGAGAAGACAAAGGCCUUGGCCGCCAACCAGGGGCUCUACAACGGCUUCCUGUCCGCCGGCCUCGUCUGGGGUAUCGCUCAUCCCGUCCCCGAGUUUGGACGCCAGCUCCAGCUCUUCUUCCUCGGCUGCAUCGUCGCGGCUGGCGCGUAUGGUGGUGCGACGGCGAACCCGCGCAUCUUCUUCAUUCAGGCUGUUCCGGCUCUGGCUUCUAUCGGUGCCGUUCUUUCGGGCUACUAAGAUGCGGAUGAGCAACGUCCGGGGCCCGUGGUUCGGUGGUGAUUAGUUUGUUUGUUUUGGAGAAAGCUGUGGCUUGGAUGAGGAGUGAGACCGUGGCGUACUGGGAGGACGGCUUGUGUAACCCGAUGCGAGCUGCUGCGUAUGGGAGGGGAUAGGAAUAUCGGCUCGAAUUAUCUACUGUAUUAACUACUAGCGACUACCUGAUAGAGAUCAACGGCCAUUCGAUUAUUACUUGCAACGCUGCCAUAUCAUGAU